AUGUUUCAGUCAUUCACUGGAAGCUCUCGCCGUCCGAGGCAGGUCAACCUCAGCGGCCGCGCCAACAAUCCCUUUGCUGCCUUCCCAGGUAGCUCGCCCGGUCGAAAUACCCCUCAUGCUUCAAAUCCACAAAGUGCCGUCGCAAUCGCACAGCAAGAACGCCUUCAGAGACAACGGGAACGGGAGAAACAGAAUGCCGUGCGGGUCGUCCAGCGAGGGUGGCGGGGCUAUCGCAGUAGGAAAGCUACAUAUGGCAUGUGGAGGCUGGAAUGGGACAACAAUGAAAGGAAAAUGAUGGGAGCUACAGACCUGAUGGCCGCCAUCGAAGGUUCUGCAGACGACUUGGUCGUUGCAUCGGACCCUCCUGCGCCAUAUGCAACCGCAGACCAGUGCCUCACUCAACUCCGCCUACUAGUCCAAUUUGUCUCGCCACGAAGGCACGAUGACAUUCUCCGACUUGUACAUUUUGUUGGUGCCUUCGAACGAACCUUUCGAACCCUACAUACGAUCGCAGCAGAGGGCGAAUGGACCAAGCUUCUGAAACGGCUUGCCAAGUCAGUUCUCAGUGCACUGCACUCGGCUCCAAAUGCUUCUGUCCCUACGACAGCCUUGGAGAUUCUCUUAAGAGCGAUCAUGUUCCUGACGGGAUUGAUGCCGAAGCAGAUGGCAACCAUCGCAGAGACGUAUUACGAUACCAUGGCAUACUUGACAAUUAAUUUGUCAAGUCUGCAGCGAUCAGAACAGAGCAGUGAUCCCCAUCGACCGGCCAUUAAUCCUGAGCUUCUCCAGGAAGCUGUUCUUGCCCUCCUCCGACCGAUUACCUCCGAGACCAUGUCUGCCUACGAGUCGUUCGCCGUUUCGUACCUCACAAUUCCAAGCCUCGAGAGCUACCUGGGCAAGAUGGAUGAACUCGCCGGGCAAAUAAACUAUAGAAUGCUAUCGCUGGCGAUCUUAGCUCACCUGGGAUCUACUUCGCAACGCUCUGUUAUUCUGGAAGACAUUCAGGCGCGCACUUGGUUGUUAUCAUACUUGAUUUACUUCCAACAACAUACCUCUGGCACUCAGGACAGCUCCCAUGCCCCAGAGCUUGAGUUUGUGAUUGUUGUCUCUGAUCUGCUGACCUCAACGGCUAGCUUCCUCGUGCAGGGCUUCGAGGUGGAUGAAUCCAUCGAUACGGAUUCACCUCGGGGUGUGCGGCCUCUGCAUCCCUUUAUCAAGGAUCAAAUCAAUAGCCUCAUCAACCAAAGUAGCGUCACUGGACUGCUUUCUCGUAUUCGAUCAUCCCCUCUCCCACAGACUGACUCGACAAAUGAAGACUCCGAGGCAUCGAAAGAAGCCAGGGUCCUUGCAAAAUAUGCCCUCAAUUUACUGCGAAUCUUCCCCCGACGAGGCGAUGAUAUUCGGAUGUGGUUGUAUCUGGGCUCCGCUCCAUCUGGCGAGCAAAUUUCAGGCCAGCCAGAUGCGAAGAUACCGGCUAUCAAAUUCUUCUGGCAGGCGACUAGAUCUAGUCGCAUCUUCCAAAUCAUCAGCAGUGAUUCGACAAAGGUGCUUCCGCUAUUGCUCUUGCCACAACAAGCGAAGGAAACCACCGAAAUCCCCCAAGAUCAACGUGAUCAAGAAUGGACGACCAUACUUCUCUUCCUUGAGCUGUAUACUUUUGUUCUGAAGGUCAUGGAUGAUGAUGAGUUCUUCUCGAGCACGUCAUCAUUCACAUCCUCGGAUAACGCCAAACAAUCGUGGACAAGAGAAAGUGCAUUGCCGCUACGUGAGAUUAGAGAUAUGACCGUGUUCUUGAAAAAUCUCGCAUUCACGCUUUACUGGAAUGCGGUUGACUUGAGUGAACCAGAGACUGGGACGACGGGUGUGAGCUUGAGCAGCUACUUCAGUAGCAGCACACAGACGUCGGGCUCCGCGGUAUUGGUCCCAAGUACGAGAGAGCUCGAAUCCAAAUCUCAGAGCAACAACCUUCCCGGAGUGACUGGAAUCCCGCUUGAAUACUUCAAGGGCCUCGUAACGGGUCUCUUGCGAAUGUUGCAUGAACGAGAUUCACGCCGCAAGUUCCUGCCGAAAGAUCACUGGCUCAUGACCAGCCGGUUUGAUAUGGAAGGUUUCAUUUCGGCCGUUGUCGGAGAAGAGGAGAGACGACAUGAGUUCCAAGCCCGAGCCGAUGAUUCGGGUGACGCUGACCUGAUGGAUGAGGAUGAAAACACGCCAAUUGGUCUUGCGGGGACUGGCCACGCUCAGCAGACCAUCCGCCUUGAGUCUUUGCGGCGUCAUCAGCAGCGGGUUGCCCGAGGAAGGGUGUUGGCGGCCAUUGCACCCAGGCUGGAGAUCCUUCGAAAUAUGCCAUUUUUCAUCCCGUUUGCCACUCGGGUCCAGAUCUUCCGCGAAUUCAUCUUCCAUGAUCAACAUCGUCGACGACACGGAUUCGUUGAUCCCGACUCCUGGCGUGCCUCUGUGGCUCAAGCUACCAUGGGCCAAAUGAUCAACGGACACCCUGCUGUCCAGGAUGUGCUGGCUCGCCACCAAGCCGAGAUUCGGCGUGAAAAUGUCUUCGACGACGCCCUUGCUCAGUUCUACCCACUGGGCGACGGUCUCAAGGAACCAAUCCAGAUCAGCUUUAUUGAUCGAUUUGGGGCCAUGGAGGCUGGUAUUGAUGGCGGUGGAGUGACCAAGGAGUUCCUCACUAGCAUUACUAGUGAGGCAUUUAAGACCGAAAAUGACUUCAGCAUGUUUGCGGAGAAUGAUCAGCAUCUUCUAUACCCUAAUCCCACAGCUGUCGAACAGUGUAAGGAAAGCCUGCGGGAGGCUGCAGUGAGCGAGUCCAGCCUCAAAUGGUCCGAACAAAUCCGGGAUCUCCUGCGUCGGUAUGAGUUCCUUGGUCGUGUCAUUGGUAAAUGUCUCUACGAGGGAAUUUUGGUAGAUGUCAACUUUGCACCGUUUUUCCUGCUGAAGUGGGCAUUGACGGGUGGUACUGGAUCAGCCAUGAAGGAGUCCUCUUACCGAGCCAAUUUGAAUGAUCUGAAGGAUCUUGACCAGGGAUUGUACCAAGGCCUUCUCCAAUUGAAGAACUACCCAGGCGACGUCGAGGACUUUUCUCUGGACUUCACCGUGACUGAUACGAUUCCUAUGCCCGGGUCAGCAAAUCGGACUAAGACAAGAGAACUACGGUACAAUGGCUCGAAGACGCCGGUGACGAAUCAGAAUCGCCUAGUUUAUAUCUCUUACAUUGCACGCUACCGAUUGCAGGUGCAGCCCGCCAUGCAGACCAACGCUUUCCUGCAAGGUCUUGGACAGAUCAUCCAGCCCGCCUGGCUUUCUAUGUUCAACCAGUCCGAGUUACAGACGUUGGUGAGCGGCGAGACCGGUGACAUCGACGUCGAGGAUCUUCGGCGCAACACCCAGUAUGGUGGCGUGUAUACCAUUGGCGACGAUAACCAGGAGCACCCCACUGUCCAGCUGUUCUGGAAAGUGAUGCAUGAGCUGAACAACGAAGAGCGACAGAAGGUCAUCCGGUUUGUGACCUCGACACCGCGUGCUCCGCUGCUUGGAUUUAGCCAUCUCAACCCGCGCUUCAGUAUUCGGGACUCCAGCGAGGACCAAGAACGACUUCCGAGUACGAGCACCUGUGUCAACCUACUCAAGCUGCCCCGCUACGCUACUGCCGAGAUACUACGCAGCAAGCUACUCUAUGCGGUGAGCUCUGGUGCUGGAUUUGAUUUGAGUUGA